AUGCCGCGGAGAAAGCAACGGCGAAGUGGCGGUUAUGAUGAUGAUGAUGAUGAUGAUGAUGAUGAUGAUGAUGAUGAUGAUGAUGAUGAUGAUGAUGAUGAUGAUGAUGAUGAUGAUGAUGACGGAUGCACACGAGAUGUGAAGCUUUCCCCGGCAUUAUUCCAUCAAACGACACGUGGCUGUCUCAGGCAUCAACUGGGGUAA